ACUCAGCCGCCUGCGGAUAUUAUAUAAGCUCUGGGCCACACGUGACCUAGUUGGCGUGCUGAUCUCGCUCCCCUGCGGAUUUUCAAGCCUGGCGCAAUGAUUCCUCCCCACUGAACUACGACUUGCUAGCAAGACAGCAAAGGAUCAAGGAAGAGAAAUUAUUAUGGAACCGGAACAGACUCAAUCUAAUUCUGUCGGCACUGCUACACGUCGCCUAGCUCUCAAUGCUUGUGAUGCCUGUCGACAACGCAAAACAAAAUGUGACGAGACAAAGCCGUCAUGUGGCCGUUGCUCUCGCCUUCAAUUAAACUGCUCAUACGUGGAGACUGUCACAUCAAAGAAGAAUCUUUCUCUCGUGGAACUGACAACAGCCCUAAGCCGAAUGGAACGCAAAAUCGAUACCCUCACUGAACGGCUGCCCCAAAUUCAAGACUCCGCUGGAACCGUGGAGGUGACCAACCAGCACAUUCACAAUGUGCAGCCUCUCCGCGACAACACGGACUAUUUCCCGCUCAGCAUGAGAAGUCCAAGCAUUUCGAUGCAGAACUACUUUGUCCCAUCAAGUUCCGACUUCCCACAACAUCCAGGAGAAUUAAGCCUUUCCGAGAGACACUCUACCGCACCACAGCAUCUCCUACUCUGGCCCUGCUCACUGGUGAAACUGAGUGAAUGUGAGCUAAAUUAUCCCAUGCAAUUGGAGAUCAAACAACCGAGGUUACCAAAAACUACGAAUCCACCAGUGUUCCUGAGCUCUCAAGUCGACGAGGAUUGGGUUUCUCAUCUCUCUCUGUAUGAGCUACGGCAACUGACACAACUCUAUUUCUCGCACUUUCACGCUCCCUAUUUAAUAGUGGAUGAGGCCACUUUCCACGGCCAUCACUUAGCUGCAGCCAUGAGGGACGAAUUCAAACAUGGAAUCGACAGCGCCCUUUCCCUUCUUGUACUUUGCCUAGGCGCCAUUGCUGCAUAUCACACCGGGAGCAAACAAUGGGCCCGGUCUGGGAGCGAAGACGACCAAAGUAUCGUCGGCUUGAGUCUUUUCAACCUCGCCUGUGGGAUAUUUGAGACGGCAGAGGCGACUGAUUGGACGAGUGUUCAAUGUUUACUCCUAAUGGGUGUUUUCUACGCCUCCAAGCUUAGGAUAUAUGACUCUUGGAAGGUCAUUCAUCGUGCUUGCUGCACGAUUUUGAUCUUACUACCUCUCCAAACUGCCCUAGAGGCCAAUCAAUGUCAACUCUAUUGGGUUGCUUAUCUCCACGAAAGCCAGCUUCUGGCUGAAUUCGACUUCCCACCUAGCGGGUUGGGUGUGUAUGCGAGUUCCGUUCCACUACCCCUUGUGCGGGAUUCGAGCCAAGAUAUCCACCAAGAAUACCAAUUUUUCUUCCUGGCGCAUAUUGCCAUGAGGAGACUUCUCAAUAGGAUACAUUUCCAUCUUUUCAACAGAAAGCAAGAGGAUGACCAUACAAACCACGUGGACUCACCAUCGGUCUUUGAGUCUGACAAGCUUCUACACACGUCUCAUUCAGUCAUCUCAGAGUUGGAUCGCCAGCUGGAAGAAUGGAGAGCAUGUUUACCUGCCACAUUCCAGUUUCCAUCCUAUUCUGCGUCCCAGGAAAAUUAUAACCCUGAGCCCUACCAACCAAGAGACACGCAUGAGAGGUUAAAGGGCCAUCUCAGGGCUCGGUACUUUGCGGCUAAAUCCAUCAUUCAUAGACCGUUUGUCUACCGGGCCCUUCACCAGGUGCCUGCUUCUUCGCUGACCGAAGGAGAUAAACUUGGCGCGCGCGUUGCAGUGGACUCGGCUGUUCUCUCAGUUCACCAUAGUGGCGUGCUCCAUGAGCCGAUGGCGUUACUCUUACAUCCCAUCAAUUCCUGUCGAAGGUACGCAUUUCAUCUAAUACCCAAGAUAAUUAUUAAUGCAUCUACCUAGUUUCUACGCUCUUGCGCUACA